AAAUUAGCUAAACUUCAGCAUACACACUGCAGUAACUUAGUGAAUAGAUUUGCUGUGCUUUAACCAAAUGGAAUCACUAAAUACAAUAGAGCUAUUUUGCUCAUGCAUCAAGUAUAUUUUUAAAACCAUCAUAUCAGAUUUUAUCCCAGAAGCACCUGUUCUUCAGCCUGUUUGGGACUACCUUCGAAUGAACCACCAGGAUGCACUGAGAUCUCCACUGUUUCCCGUGAUUAUAUCAGUUUCUACAUACUUUAUUCUUUGCCUGUUCUACAUGACUCUGGACUUUCUCUCAACAGUGUCACCAGCCCUUAACAGGUUCAGGAUACACCCUGAACACCCUGUGAAGCUGCAAAGCAUCCUGAAGGCCGUUCGGCUCACUCUUUACAACCAUGUGGUCUUUGUCUUUCCAGCAGCGAUUGCCCAGUGGUUCUGGAGGCCACUGCUGCCUUUGCAGGAAGAAGCCCCAACUAUCCUGGGGUUCACCAUGGGCAUCCUGGGUUGCACCAUCCUGUUUGAUUUCCAGUACUACUUUUGGCACAUGGUGCACCACAAAUUCCGAUGGCUCUACGUCACUUUCCAUGCCAUCCACCAUGAGUACUAUGAACCAUUCUGCUGGGUCACUCAAUACAUGUCCGUCUGGGAGCUGCUGAGCGUUGGCUUGUGGACCACUCUAGACCCCAUCAUUCUCCAAUGCCAUGCCCUCACUGGAUAUGCUUUCAUGGUGUUUAAUAUCUGGAUCUCGGUGGAUGAUCACAGUGGUUAUGACUUCCCCUGGUCUCUGCACAACCUCAUUCCCUUUGAACUCUGGGGAGGCUCUGUCAAGCAUGACACCCAUCAUCAGAGACCCUCCACCAACUUUGAACCUUUCUUCUCACAUUGGGAUUGGCUGUGUGGCACCAACUCUGACCACAAUCACUCACCAGCUAUGGCAGUACAGAAGAGGGCACUUUACAAAUAUUAAAACAGGUUUCUAAAAGUAAUUAUUAGUUAUAGGCAACUAUAUAUCAGUGCUGUGUCAUAAUAUUAUUAGUAUGUCGUUUGAAAUUAAAUUUAGCGCUACUAUUCCAAGGGUUUACAACAAACUUUGAAUGGUACCAUUCUAUGGUAAUUAAGCAGGGGCUAUGCUAAUAUUUUAUUAUGCACAUUGCAUUAAAAAGGGUGUUUAGAAUGAAAUUCAAAUUUGACUUACCUAAUCAUGGCCUGCCGGGUUCACACCAGAUGUAACUGCAGCUUUCUGCUUGUCAUCUUUAUCACUACUACUGCUCUUAAUUAUAGCUACUACCUGUAUCUUGUAUUUCAUUGUAUCCAUAGUCACGUUUUUUGUAAGUGUUCUUACUUGAAAUCAUGCUCUUACAGGACUUCACUUGUAUAAGCAAAUAUUUUUACAAAAA